AUGACUUCGAUCAAAGAAGACGAAAAGAAAGAAAUUCCUGAAAUUAUUCACGAUCCUCAAACAAACAGCACAUAUCAGAGAUUAAGAUUCUUUGGAAAGGGUGGAUUCGCAAAAUGUUACGAAAUACAAGAUAUAGCUACGAACCAAAUCUAUGCUGGAAAGAUUGUUUCAAAGAAACUUAUGGUGAAAUCCAGUCAGAAGGAGAAAAUGUCACAGGAGAUCUCAAUACAUCGGUCGUUGCAGCACAAACAUGUCGUUGGCUUCCACAGCUUCUUCGAGGAUUCUCUUAAUAUUUACAUUGUACUCGAGCUGUGUAAGAGACGGUCCAUGAUGGAGUUACAUAAGAGAAGAAAAGCCAUCACCGAGCCAGAGACAAGGUUCUACAUGCAUCAGAUAUUACUGGGAGUUCAAUAUCUGCAUAGCCGAAGAAUUAUACAUAGAGAUCUUAAGCUUGGUAACCUAUUUCUCGACGAUGAUCUUCAUGUCAAGAUAGGGGACUUUGGACUCGCUGCUAAGAUUGAAUAUGAAGGUGAAAGAAAACGUACAUUAUGUGGAACACCAAACUACAUAGCUCCGGAAAUAUUGACUCGAGAUGGUCAUUCCUUUGAAGUGGACAUUUGGAGCUUGGGAUGCAUCAUGUACACACUUAUGGUCGGACGGCCACCAUUUGAAACAUCUACUUUAAGAGACACCUAUAAAAGAAUCAAGCAGUGUGAAUAUAGAGAGGGGAUUUCUCUAGCUCUGCAGGCAUUGUCUGGGCCCUGGCAAGAGAUUGGCUCACGUUAUGCCCAGGCCGUAGUCAACAAUAACACAAUCAAUCAACGUUACAGGAUCCCAUCAUCGCUCCGUAAGCCAGCUAUCUCCAUGAUAGGCUUGCAGCUUCAAGCUAAGCCCUCCCAGCGUCCCUCCGUGGACAAGCUGCUUCAACACGAGUUCUUCUCUUCUGGCAUCAUGCCGGCAGCUCUGCCACUGUCCUGUCUCACCACCGCCCCGAGAACAGAUCAACUAGAAGGUGUUACAUUACACAGGCGACCUCUCAAUGAAGUCAAUACUAAUGCAGAUCAGAUAAUGGCGGUUGACUCGCCAGUGAAGCGUGGCCCGGGAGGAGAACCUCGCGCCGUGGACCCGACCUCACACAGGCUCAAUCUGAUACUACUACGCGAUCAGCUGGCUACUUUACUGGGCGGCAAGCUGAAAUGCCGUCGUGAUAGUCUGAACGACGACAUGUGUGACCCGUCAUCUCAGCCGCUAGUGUGGGUUGGUAAAUGGGUGGACUAUAGUGACAAGUACGGCUUCGGCUACCAACUGUGUGAUGAGAGCGUCGGCGUUAUGUUCAACGAUACUACCAAACUUAUCAUGCUCGCUAAUGGAGUGAAUGUCCACUAUAUUAACCGGCAGGGCCAAGAACAGUACAUGACAAUGCGCGAGUAUCCGCAAGAGUUGGACAAGAAGAUGAAACUUCUCACAUACUUCAGGAGAUAUAUGACUGAACAUCUCAUGAAGGCUGGGGCGUCUGUGCCGGUACGAGAAAGUGACGGUCUCUCGAGAUUGCCGCAUUUAGACCGAUGGUUUAGGACUACAUUGGCAGUUAUCAUGUACCUUACGAACGGAACAUUACAGAUAAAUUUCCAAGAUCACACCAAGAUAAUACUCUGCCCUCUGAUGCAAGCAGUUACAUACAUCGACGUUGAGAAGAACUUCAGAACAUUCCGUUUUAGCACAAUUGAGAAGCACGGCUGUGAUAAAAAGUUGUACGCAAACCUGACAUAUGCACUGGAAAAAAUUAAAAGUGUAUUAGCAAAUAAACUAUGCUAG